GAAGGAAUAUAGCCACAACGUAGCCAUUACUAUGGGAAAGUGGCAGAAAAUGACAAAAGAGGAGUUGGAGACUGAGUACUCCCCUAGUAGAUGGUCUCCAAGGCUGGAUAAGGAUGCUGUGAUUGAGGCACACAUGAAAGCAGUGACUGAAGGUACUGUAAACGCCCAGGCAUUCACCCAAACUCUGCUGAAUGUCCCCUAUGGCUCCAGUGAGGGAGAGAAACUGGAUGUGUAUCUUCCUAAAAAACAUGUUGAAACCUUUCCUCUGGUCCUCUAUAUUCAUGGUGGCUACUGGCAAAGCUUGAGCAAAGAAGUUUCUGGUUUUGCUGCAUGUCCCCUAGUGAACCAAGGCAUUGCCUUUGCUGCAGUUGGCUAUGAUGUGGCUCCAAAAGGCCAACUGGAGGUGAUGGUUGAACAGGUGCGGCAUAGUGUGGCUUUUGCAGUUCAGCAAUAUACAGGGAUCAGCGGUGUCUAUCUGCUUGGGCAUUCGGCAGGAGCCCACCUGGCAGCUAUGAUACUUUCCACAGAUUGGGCAAAAUUUGGUGUUGAGCCAAACAUUAAAGGUGCCUUUUUGGUGAGUGGCAUUUAUGACUUGGAGCCCAUCAUGCACACCUAUGUUAAUGAUCUGUUGCACAUGAGCCGGUAA